AUGCUUAUAUCACAAAUCGAGGUCAUCCCCUGCAAGAUAUGUGGGGACAAGUCUUCAGGGAUCCACUACGGAGUUAUCACCUGCGAAGGAUGCAAAGGUUUCUUCCGUAGAAGCCAACAGAAUAACGCCACCUACUCUUGCUCGAGGCAACGGAAUUGUCUCAUCGAUCGGACCAACCGAAAUCGAUGUCAGCAUUGCCGCUUGCAGAAAUGCUUGGCAUUGGGCAUGUCCCGGGACGCGGUCAAGUUUGGCCGCAUGUCUAAGAAGCAGCGGGACAGCCUCUACGCCGAGGUCCAGAAACACCAGCAAAGCCAAGAGCAAGGCGGUGGGGCAAAGGAAGACCCAGAGACCUUGUCGAGGGUUUACACCACUAGCGUGAGCAGUGGUCUGUCCGACUUGGACGACAUCUCCAUGCUGUCGGAUGGCUUCCUCUUUGACUUCCCCUUGACCCCUGAUGGGAACAGCACCUACUACAACCUCGACCUCCUGACCUCGGCCCAGCCGUCCCCGGACCAGUCCAGCAUCGACGUCAGCGACGCCAAGUUCAUCAAACAGGAGUCCAUCUAUGAGCUGAUGCUUGAACCCAGCCUCUUCCCGCACGGCCCUCUUGAAAGCAGCCAGCUGGCCUCGGACAUUUCCAUGAUGGAGAUCGAACGCCUCGCCCAGAACGUGGUCAAAUCGCACCUGGAGACGUCGCAGUACACUAGCGAGGAGCUGAAGAGGCUAGCCUGGACGGUUUACUCACAGGAGGAGAUCAGGAAUAUGCAGAACAAGAGUUGCGAACUCAUGUGGCAAGAAUGUGCCGUGCAGAUUUCCAACGCCAUCCAGUACGUCGUGGAGUUCGCCAAACGCAUCGACGGCUUCAUGGAGCUGUGUCAGAACGACCAAAUAAUUCUCCUCAAAGCAGGUUGCCUGGAGGUUCUCCUCAUCCGGAUGAUUCGAGCUUUCAACCCGCUCAACAACACGGUGCUCUUUGCGGGGAAAUACAGCGGGAUGCAGAUGUUCAAGUCUCUUGGCUGCGAUGACCUCGUCAACUCCAUCUUCGAACUGGGAAGGAACCUUUGCCGGCUGCAGCUGUCGGACGAGGAGAUGGCCCUCUUCACAGCCGCAGUCCUUCUUUCGCCAGAUCGCCCUUGGCUCUCUGAGUCGAAGAAGGUGCAGAAACUCCAAGACAAGAUCUAUUUGGCUCUCCAGCACGAGAUCCAGAAGAAAAAUGACAGUGAAGACAGGAUCUCCAAGAUUGUCUCCAAACUUCCCUUGAUGAAGACCAUCUGCAACCUUCACUUGGACAAGUUGGAAUUUUUCCGCCUCGUCCAUCCGGAGACGGCCACAAACUUCCCGCCCCUUUACAAAGAGGUCUUCAACUCCGAGUUCCACUACAGCGGCCCCCGGGAGAGCUAAGGCCUGCUCGGUGGCGUCGAUCUGGAAACUGACCAAAACUUUUUGCGGCUUUUCAGA